CCCGUCGUCCCCCUGCGUCCUCCCCCAAGGAUUUACCGUUGGCGAUUAAGCUUCGUAUCCUACGCGUUCACAGGCUCCCAUUCUCUAUCGUUAAUCUUUCUUCUGCUAAAACCGCUUCUCUUCUUCUACUUCUUCUUCGAUCUACUACUUUUCGAUGGCGAAGGGCGAGGGUCCGGCUAUUGGAAUUGAUCUCGGCACGACCUACUCGUGCGUGGGAGUAUGGCAGCACGACCGGGUGGAGAUCAUCGCGAAUGACCAGGGGAACCGCACCACCCCCUCCUAUGUGGCGUUCACCGACACCGAGCGUCUCAUUGGUGAUGCUGCCAAGAACCAGGUCGCCAUGAACCCCACGAACACCGUCUUUGAUGCCAAGCGUCUGAUUGGGAGGCGUUUCAGUGACCCCUCUGUUCAGGCUGACAGGAAACUGUGGCCUUUCAAGGUCAUUGCUGGCCCUGGCGACAAGCCCAUGAUCGUGGUCCAGUACAAGGGCGAGGAGAAGCAGUUUUCCCCGGAGGAGAUCUCCUCCAUGGUCCUUACCAAGAUGAAGGAGAUUGCGGAGGCCUACCUCGGCACCACCAUUAAGAAUGCUGUUGUCACGGUCCCUGCUUAUUUCAAUGACUCCCAGCGCCAGGCUACCAAGGAUGCUGGAGUCAUUGCCGGCCUCAAUGUGAUGCGAAUCAUCAACGAGCCCACCGCUGCUGCUAUCGCCUAUGGUCUCGACAAGAAGGUCAGCAGCUCAGGGGAGAAGAACGUUCUCAUUUUUGACCUUGGUGGAGGCACCUUCGACGUCUCCAUCCUCACCAUCGAAGAAGGGAUCUUCGAGGUCAAGGCCACCGCCGGUGACACCCACCUCGGUGGCGAGGACUUCGACAAUCGAAUGGUGAACCACUUCGUUCAAGAGUUCAGGAGGAAGCACAAGAAGGACAUCAGCGGCAACCCGAGGGCUCUGAGGAGGCUGAGGACGGCGUGCGAGAGAGCAAAAAGAACCCUGUCCUCCACUGCUCAGACCACCAUCGAGAUCGAUUCCCUCUACGAGGGCAUCGAUUUCUACGCCACGAUCACUCGAGCGAGGUUCGAGGAGCUCUGCAUGGACCUGUUCAGGAAGUGCAUGGAGCCCGUCGAGAAGUGUCUGAGGGAUGCUAAGAUGGACAAGAGCCGCGUCCAUGAUGUUGUUCUUGUCGGGGGGUCGACCCGGAUUCCCAAGGUGCAGCAGCUGUUGCAGGACUUCUUCAAUGGGAAGGAGCUCUGCAAGAGCAUCAACCCUGACGAGGCCGUCGCCUAUGGUGCUGCUGUCCAAGCUGCGAUCUUGAGCGGCGAGGGCAAUCAGAAGGUGCAGGACCUGCUGCUGUUGGAUGUCACCCCGCUUUCCCUUGGACUGGAGACUGCCGGAGGAGUCAUGACUGUUCUGAUUCCCAGGAACACCACUAUUCCCACCAAGAAGGAGCAGGUCUUCUCCACCUACUCCGACAACCAGCCUGGUGUGGUGAUUCAGGUCUACGAGGGUGAGAGGACCAGGACCAAGGAUAACAACUUGCUGGGCAAAUUUGAGCUCUCUGGCAUCCCUCCUGCUCCGAGGGGUGUGCCCCAGAUCAACGUCUGCUUCGACAUGGAUGCCAAUGGUAUACUGAAUGUGACUGCUGAGGACAAGACCACAGGACACAAGAACAAGAUCACGAUCACCAAUGACAAGGGCAGGCUCAGCAAGGAGGAGAUCGAGAAGAUGGUUCGUGAAGCGGAGAAGUACAAGGCUGAGGACGAGGAGCACAAGAAGAAGGUCGAGGCAAAGAAUGCUCUGGAGAACUAUGCCUACAACAUGAGGAACACGAUUAAGGAUGACAAGAUUGCCUCGAAGCUGCCUCCAGCUGACAAGAAGAAGAUAGAGGAUGCAAUCGAGCAGACUAUACGGUGGCUGGAUGGCAACCAGCUUGCUGAAGCUGAUGAGUUUGAGGACAAGAUGAAGGAGCUUGAGAGUCUCUGCAACCCUAUCAUCGCGAGGAUGUACCAAGGUGGCGGGGCAGGCAUGGCUGGAGGUAUGGAUGAAGAUUCUCCCAGCGGUGGUGCUGGGGGCGCCGGGCCUAAGAUAGAGGAGGUCGAUUAAGUGGUUUGAGUUGGAGGGCUGUGCUUAUGGAUUAGUCUAUGGUUUGUUUUGAACCCUAGUUACUUGUUCAAAGGCCUCGCAUCUGUAUGAGGGAAUGCUUUUGUGUCCGAUCUUAUACAGUAAAUGUUACAGGUGAAAUAAUAAGUGAAGAUUUUCUUGUAGUUGUAUCUUUUUCGUAUAUUAAAAAAAACAACUGCUGUAUCCUGUGCUCUUGGUUGA